GGCAUGAUGGGGGAGUUGGAGAUUUCCAUCAUGGCGGCUUCCAUUUCGGGCUACACCUUCAGCGCUGUGUGUUUCCACAGCGCCAACAGCAACGCCGACCACGAAGGGUUUCUGCUGGGAGAGGUGAGGCAAGAGGAAACCUUCAGCAUCAGCGACUCACAGAUCAGCAACACGGAGUUCCUGCAAGUCAUCGAAAUCCAUAACCAUCAGCCUUGUUCAAAACUUUUUAGUUUUUAUGACUAUGCAAGCAAAGUUAACGAAGAGAGUCUGGACAGGAUUCUCAAAGACCGGAGAAAGAAGGUCAUCGGGUGGUACAGGUUCCGGCGGAACACGCAGCAGCAGAUGUCCUACAGGGAGCAGGUCCUGCACAAGCAGCUCACCCGCAUCCUCGGGGUGCCCGACCUCGUCUUCCUCCUCUUCAGCUUCAUCUCCACCGCCAACAACUCUACUCACGCUUUAGAAUACGUUCUCUUCAGACCAAAUCGGAGGUAUAAUCAGAGGCUAUCCCUGGCUAUUCCCAACCUCGGCAACACCAGCCAGCAGGAGUACAAGGUGUCCUCGGUGCCAAAUACUUCCCAGAGUUAUGCCGAAGUUGUUAAAGAGCACGGUACUGACUUCUUUGACAAGGACGGGGUGAUGAAAGACAUCAGGGCGAUUUAUCAGGUUUACAAUGCACUCCAGGAGAAAGUGCAGGCAGUGUGUGCAGAUGUGGAAAAGAGUGAGCGAGUCGUCGAAUCUUACCAAGCAGAAGUGAACAAAUUAAGAAGACAAAUAACUCAGAGGAAGAAUGAAAAGGAACAAGAAAGAAGACUGCAGCAGGCGGUGGUGAGCAGGCAGGUGCCGGCCGAGAGCCCGGAGCCGGCGCUCAGCCCGCGGUCGCCCUACGCGGGGCCUGGCACGGAGGGCAGAAGUGCGCCGGCAGACGCCGAGGCCUCGGGUCCCCCGCCCCCCUACUCCGAUUUCCACCCGAACAAUCAAGAAAGUACUCUGAGCCAUUCUCGCGUGGAGACCGGCGUCUUUAUGCCUCGACCUCAAGCCGUGGGCUCCUCCAGCCACGCCGCUCCCAGCAGCGCCAGACUGAAGCACUCGGGGGCGGGGGCGGACCCCCCUCCUUCCCAGGGGGCGGCCGGACACAGUGCGGAGGAGUCGGACGACAGCGACUACGAGAAUUUGAUCGACCCGGCAGAGCCCUCGAACAGCGAAUGCCCCCACGCGAGGGAUGCGCGGCCCGUGCCGCACCCCGACGGGGGCUCCAGGGACCCUCAGACGUCCCAGAUUUAGCGGAGCCCGCCCGGACGACACUCUCCCCUGGGCACUGCUCCCUCCCUCACCCGUUCAGAGAGGCUUUCGAGGGCUCGGUCUGGAGGGAGGACUGCCUUCUCAGA